UAUAAGAGCUUCGCAACGAAGGUAGAAUUCCAAAUACACAAUUGAUAACUACACACACUUCUGGGAAACGACCAAGUUAAUUACCAGCUGAAAUGAAGAUUGAAAUUGAAGUAAUCUCCAACGAGAUCAUCAAGCCAUCUUCUCCAACCCCAGAUCACCUUCGCCAUUACCAGCUCUCCUUUCUUGAUCAAAUCUCUCCCCCAACCUAUAACCCUUUGCUCCUCUUCUAUCCAGCAGACGGUGAUGUCAAGAUCAACAACAUAGAGAAACCUAACCAGCUCAAGCAAUCCUUGUCUGAGGUCUUAAACCUUUACUAUCCCUUAGCCGGACGUAUUAAGGACAACCUUUUCGUAGAGUGCAACGAUGAGGGCAUUCCAUUUUUCCAGGCAGAAGUCAAGUGCCGACUUCCACAAGUUGUUGAGAAUCCAGAACCUAGUGAACUCAACAAGUUGAUCCCAUUUGCACUAGAUGAUGCUGAAGAACUGCCUCUAGGCAUCCAGUACAACAUCUUUGAGUGUGGUGGAAUUGUUAUUGGUCUGUGCAUCUCACACAAAGUUGGAGAUGCAUCAUCACUGUUCACGUUUAUCAAAUAUUGGGCUGCCACUGCUCGUGGAGAAGCAGAUCACAUAUCAAGACCAGAGUUUAUCUCUGCAACUCUCUUCCCACCUAUCAACAUAUCAGGGUUUAAACCAGCCACUGGUAUCACUAAAGAAGAUGUUGUGACAAAAAGGUUCGUGUUCCGCUCCUCUUCAAUAGAGCUGCUAAAAGAAAAAUGCAGUCCUGCAAGUGGAAGCUUGGAAAAUCAGCGACCACCAUCACGUGUUGAGGCCUUGUCAGUAUUCAUAUGGCAACGCUUCACAGCUGCCACUAAAGUAGAAUCAAGACCUGAAAGAAUUUACUCCAUGGUUCAUGCAGUGAACCUGCGCUCGAGGACGGAACCUCCGCUCCCAGAAUACUCCUUCGGAAACUACUAUCGGAUUGCAUUCACAAUUCCAUCCAUUGAUACUGGCGAGGAAAACUACAAUCUUGUUAGUCAGAUCAGAGACUCAAUUGGUAAAGUUGACAAAGAAUACGUGAAGAAACUUCAAAAGGGCAGUGAGCACUUGGGCUUCAUGAAAGAACAAGCUGCAAGAUUUCUCAGAGGUGAGGUGGUUUCUUUGAACUUCACAAGCUUGUGCAGGUUUCCUUUGUAUGAAGCUGAUUUUGGGUGGGCGAAACCUAUAUGGGUAGGCUCUCCAAGUCUCACCUUCAAGAACCUAGUUGUUUUCAUGGACACUGCAUCAGGUGAUGGAAUAGAAGCACUUGUGCACUUGAAGGAGGAAGACAUGGCCAAAUUCCAAGAGGAUGAGGAGUUGCUUCAGUAUAUUGUACCAACCAAAUGUUAAACAGACUACAUUAAUUACAUAUCGUUAUUAGUAUAUUGGUAAGUACUUUCUUAAUGUCCUUAUGGUGGUUUCGACUGUGUUGAAUCAAUCUGGGUAAUAUUAUAAGCUUUUCGAUGUAUUAUUAAUUUAGUAUGUAAAUUCAACAAAUUAAAAUAAAAGAAGAAGAAGAAGAAAGAACGACAUGAAAAUCAAAAGGGACCCGUUGAAAAGAGAUUUGGAUCCUACAUGUCCGUUCGAUUAUGUUUCAAA